AUGCUCGCUACCGCCAAUUGUUCAAAUCAUUAUGCAGAACAAAUCGUAUAUGAAAGCGACUGGUGUGAAAAUUCGUCUAGUGGAAUAUCGUGGCUUAAUGUAUUAACAGCUGAAUCAAUUCCAGAAGAAGAUGCUAUUGAUAUUUCUCAUGCUUCUGCACGAAACAAUAGUGAAAGUAGUUAUACCUCAUCAUCAUCAGCAGAAAGUUGCUAUGUUGUUCUUGAAAUUCAACGACCUCGUUCAAUGAAUGAAUUACCAGAUGAUAUCGAUGAUGCUGAAGAAGACGAAGAAGAAGAAGAAGAAGAAGAAGAAGAGGAGGAGGAGGAAGAAAUUGAAGAAGAAAUAGAAGAAUUGCAUUUUGCUCAAAGGAUUACUGACAAUCAUAAUGUGUGCUAUGAUCAAUUUGCUUUUUCAAUGACAAAUGAGAUUCCAGUAAAAGAAUAUAUUGUUGAACGUCUUCAACAGCAACUUAUUCAUGUUAACGAAUAUGCUAAAGUAACUCAACCUAGCAUUCAUGAACUAUCAACUGAAACUCUUUUUAAUAAAGCUAAAACAUUAAGUAAAUUUACAAAACGAGUGAAAGCUAAAUCUUAUAUGUCACGAAAAGAACAAUGUCUAUCAACAUCAUCAGAUGAUGAAAUAUCACAUACAACAAAACUUAAAACAAUUCGACAAAUAAAUGAAUAUCAUUCAAUAACCAAUUCAACUGUUGCAGCUGAGCAACAAUUAUCUCAUCAUCAUCCUACAAAUUUUUCAUGCCAGUCAACAACAAGUAUUGAUUCAAUUGAAAAUAAACUUUCAACUCCUACACCAGUACGAACUACAACUACUUUUUCGAAUUUAUCAUCUCAACGUAUAUCAAAUCCAACACAAAUUCAACGAUCUGGUCCAAAAAUGGGAACAACAACACUUACACGUACAUUUGCGUUUGAUCGAGCAUGCAUGGAAAAAUAUGGUCAAGUUCAAAAACAAAAACCUGAAUCUAUUCAAAUUCCAAAAAUACCCGUUAAUGAUAUAAAAAUUAAGAAAGAUAUAGGCUUACCUCCUAAAACAAUGAAACCACCACCAAUACCUCCAUCUCCAAAGGGUUCAUUAAGUUGCCGUUCAUUUAUAAGUAAUAUGCAAACUUCUCUUUACAAUGGUAGUGAAGCAGCUACAAUUGAUGAUUAUGAAUGUGAGCAUCAUUCAUCCACAGUUACUACAACAUUUGGCUCAAAGAGUCUUACAAAGCCAUCAAAUGUUUUAUAUCUAAUGAAAAAAUGUGCUCGAACAGUAACAUCUGAACAUUAUGCAACAAAUAAUCUUAAUGAAAAUAUAC